AUGGAGUUCACCACUCUUCCUCCCGACGCUGUUGGAGAUUUUACGGAGCGCUACUCGGUCUCAGUAACUCCUUUCAAUGUUACAUUUUCUGAUGAUUCUCAGCUUGUGCCUUCAAGUAGCAACGACACCAUCAGGGCUGCGACCAGGGACACAACAAGUCUCAUCAUCGCCGUUUGUAUCACGGCUCUCUACUCUCUUAUCUGCGUGGUGGGACUGUUAGGGAACGUGCUUGUGAUGUACGGGGUGGUCAGAUACACCAAGAUGAAGACCGCCACCAACAUCUACAUCUUCAACUUGGCUCUCGCCGACGCUCUCGCCACCAGCACCCUCCCCUUCCAGAGCGCCAAUUAUCUGAUGAGCACAUGGCCCUUCGGGGAGCUGUUGUGUAAAGUGGUCCUCGCCAUCGACUACUACAACAUGUUCACCAGCAUCUUCACACUCACCAUGAUGAGCGUGGACCGUUACAUUGCGGUUUGUCAUCCUGUGAGGGCACUGGACUUCCGCACGCCUGCCAAAGCCAAGCUCAUCAACGUCUGCAUCUGGAUCCUCUCUUCUGCUGUGGGAGUCCCUGUGAUGAUCAUGGCAGUAACCACAGUGACAAAAGAAGGCAACACAACCUGCGGACUCCGAUUUCCUCAACCUGACUGGUACUGGGACACAGUGAUGAAAAUCUGCGUGUUCGUCUUGGCCUUCGUGGUGCCCGUCCUGGUCAUCACCAUCUGCUACGGUUUGAUGAUCCUGCGGCUGAAGAGCGUCCGCCUUCUCUCUGGCUCCAAAGAGAAGGACAGGAACAUGCGGCGGAUCACCCGUAUGGUCCUGGUGGUGGUGGCAGCCUUCAUCAUCUGCUGGACUCCCAUCCACAUCUUUAUCAUCGUCAAGACCAUUGUGCAUAUUGACCGUAAGAACCUCCUGGUGACGGCAAGCUGGCACCUGUGCAUUGCCUUGGGUUACACCAACAGCAGCCUCAACCCCGUGCUGUAUGCCUUCUUGGAUGAGAACUUCAAGAGGUGCUUCAGGGAUUUCUGCUUGCCAUACCGCUCCCGCAUGGAGCAGAACAGCUUCUCCAGAGCACGCAAUAGUACGAGGCAGCCUGCAUCUGUUUGUGCUCUGGCAACAACAGGGACGCCGCCCGCCUGA